CUUGGCGUCCGAUGGAUGACGUUUCGCCGACGGUUUUCGUCGCAGAGGCGUGGUGUCUGUUUGUGUGCUUGCUUACACACAGAUAGUAAACGUUUCGUUGUUUGUUUUUCGGACGGAAAAAGUCGCAGAAAUGUCCGCAACGCUAAGACCCUACUUGACCGCCGUUCGUCACACCCUGACCGCAGCCAUGUGCCUCGAGAACUUCUCCUCGCAGGUCGUAGAACGCCACAACAAGCCGGAAGUCGAGGUUAGGUCCAGCAAGGAGCUCCUGAUGACUCCCGUCGUCAUCUCACGAAACGAAAAGGAAAAAGUGUUCAUAGAGACCUCGGUGAACUCCGUCCGCAUCAGCAUCGCCGUCAAACAGGCCGACGAAAUCGAGAAGAUCCUUUGCAAGAAGUUCAUGCGAUUCAUGAUGAUGCGGGCCGAGAACUUCGUCGUCUUGCGGAGGAAGCCCAUCGAAGGGUACGACAUCAGUUUCCUGAUCACCAACUUUCACACGGAACAGAUGUACAAACACAAGCUGGUCGACUUCGUCAUACAUUUCAUGGAGGAGAUCGACAAGGAGGUUUCGGAGAUGAAGUUGGCGGUGAACGCGAGGGCGAGGAUAGUGUCGGAGGAGUUCUUGAAGAGGUUUUAGUUUUCGUGCGCAAGCCGUGUACAUAAGUCUUAACGUCUAUUUGUUCACUUCUGAAGUGUGUAUGCUUAAGUUAUUACGAAUAUUUUUACUUACGUUUCCCCAAUAAAGCCGAUUUUACGAAA